AUGGUAGACCGCUACUCUCCCAUCGUUGCUGCUUGCCUCAAAGACACAUCAACCCUGGUCCGCCAACAAAUAUUGGACUCCCUUACGUCACUAAUCAAAGAGCAGUUCAUAAGAUGGGAAGGACAGAUCAUGUAUCGUUUUGUGUCCGCAAUACUCGACGAGAACAAGUCUAUCAGGGAAUAUGCAAUGUUUUGUUUGCGAGAUGUGUUGCUGCUUCAGUUCCCAGAGUUGUUCUCGGGUCAUUUCAUCGAGUGCCUUAUGUAUUUCAACAAUGUGCCAGUGAGCUGCGAACGGGAUGCUGUGCACGAAGUAGUUGAUACAAAUCAACGUCUUUCACUCAACGGUCCUGAAAACGAAGAAAGUAGAAUGACUAUCUAUAAAUUCAUGGUAUGCGUUAUUGUAUGA